CAAGCAGCUCUUGCUCACCAGUCACCACUCACUACGCCGAAGAAAUUAACAUGGCGGAACUCAAUUUCUUUGUUGGGGUCAUAGGGAACAUCAUCUCAAUCCUCAUGUUUCUUUCUCCUAUGGAUACAUUUGUGAGAAUAAUAAAGAAGAAAUCAACAGAAGAUUUCUCAAGCAUACCUUAUAUUUGCACAUUGCUUAACUCCUCUCUAUGGACUUACUAUGGAAUCAUAAAGGAAGGAGAGUACCUUGUGGCCACUGUUAAUGGCUUCGGCAUCUUCCUCCAGAUUAUCUACAUUCUUCUAUUCCUUCUCUAUGCACCAAAAACAAUCAAGAUAAAGAGUGCGAUUGUGGCUGGGAUAUUGGAUGUUGGGGUGUUGGGAGCAGCAAUAUUAACAAGCGAAAUAGCAUUGAAGGGAGAGGCUCGUACUAAUGCAGUUGGUGUUAUGGGUGCAGGCCUUAACAUUCUUAUGUAUGCUUCACCUCUUGCUGCCAUGAAAACAGUAGUGGCGACAAAGAGUGUAGAAUAUAUGCCAUUCUUUCUUUCGUUUUUCUUCUUUCUAAACGGUGGCGUUUGGUUGUUUUACGCUUUUCUUGUUCGCGAUGUUAUUCUUGGGGUGCCAAAUGGAACUGGAUUUGUACUGGGAGCGAUGCAGUUGAUACUAUAUUGUAUCUAUAGAAAUGGAAAAUCAUCCUCUAAGCACACUUCAAAGCAGGGAUUGGAAGAAGGAUCUCAAUACAAUGAGCAUCUCAUUUCUCAUCCCCAACUUAGCUAAAACCUACUUCAAUUCCUUAGCUUGUCCAGAUCAUCAUCAUUAUAUGGUGAAGUCUCUUUGCUAUGGAGAUAUGGUGGGCCACAUUUUUUGCAAUAUUUUUUAUUUCAUUUUUAAAUUAAAAAAUGUUUUUGAAUAUUUAUAAAAAAAUUACUUUAAUUUUAGUAAUAUUUUAAAAAUAUUGUUAAAACUAUAUAGUCACAAUGGUCGUCAUAGCAUGCAACUUAUAUAUGUCAUGUUUGGAAAUCUUUUAUGUAAUAUUACAUACACUUUACUCUUCAUAAGUAUUGACUGAUCAAAUCAUAAAAUAAAAAAAAAAUU